CAAAGCCAAGGCAAACGAGUGAGAUAAGGGAUGCGCCAUAGUUUUCAAACAGAAUAAUUCAAACUGUUAUAUAACAUAAUAAUAAAUAUACUUGAGCAUUUUCCAAAACUUAACUUAUAAGAAACUGGUUUAAUUUUAAAAGUAUACGCCAGGUCUUUGGAAUACGUCUGUGUUUUCUAAUCCCACACUCAAAGUGUUGCCCACACCCAACAUAACCCCUGUUAAUCAAUUCUUUUAUAUCAACAAAUCUGAUGAAGAUGAACAAUAUGCAAAAACCUAAUUCUACUGUCACAGAGAUUUUGCAGUCAAUUGCUUUUCAUCAUAUUUUGGUUUUGGUUAUCAGAUUGGAUGAGAAUUUUUGAUAUAUUAAGAGUAUUUGUGCGAGCAAGGGAUUCUCCUUCUGCCAAUCGCUCACCCUCCAAAUGGCAUGGAGGAUGGCUCUUUGGUUCCAUAAUAACUAUGUGGGGAGCAUAUAAAUCAAAUUUAUUGAGAAUUGAAGGGGAUGUGGAGAAAGCAGUAGAAAUAGUUGAAGAUGUAGCAGAGGCAGUGGAGAAUGUAGCCAGUUUCACAGAGGAGAUUUCUAAAGAUGUAGAGCAGAAUUUUCCUGAGGAUGGGGCUGUUAAUAAAGCUGCACAUGUUGUUGAGCAUUUGUCAGAAGAAGCCAUUAAAGAUGCUCAAAAUACCAGAAAAUUCAUUGAACAGAUGACAUCCACUGAGAAGAUUGUGGAGACAAGCAUUCAAACUGCAUUGGAAGCAUUAAAGAGAUUUAUUGAUCCUAACUCAACCCAUGAUAAAGGGAAUGGAGACAAUGCUGGGAAAGACAAUUCACAAAAAGAGAAAACAAAUUCUAAAUUGUAAAAUAAAUUAUUCUUGGAUAUCCCUAUGAAAUGGGGAGGAUGUUCAAAAUUGUGAUGAUAUUAAACAUAAAAAUUUAAAUCUGGGAGAACCUAGUGUACAAUAUCAUGAAGAUUGACAAUAUUUAUUUUAUCAAAUUUGUAAUAGAUUUUAUUCAUUUAUAAGAUUAAAAUGGCUAGGACUCAAACCUAGGACCUUCCAUACACUGCUGGAGUGCUCUACCACUGAGCUACUGGCCCCUCUUGGACUAGUUCAUCGUCGGUCCGAUUGUAGCUUAUUUCCAACACCAACAUAUGGAAGACAACAGGUUCAGAAGAAUGACCAUGUGUUGCUUUCCCAAUGAAAUGACAAGCAUGUUGAAAUUUGUGAUGAUAAUAAAGCAUAUAAUUUAAAUUUGGGAGAA